CCUAGGUGGUGUGCCCACCCUGAACCGGAACCUCCACCUAGCAACAGGGCAAACAGAACCCAGUGGGACUCUGUCCCCAAGGUGCCUCUGCUGCCACCCGGCGCCCCCCGCCCCGGGGUGGCCUGUCUCCCCCAUGCAGCAACCCAAAACCCUUUACCCCCCAGCCAUACCCCAGGAAGGCUUCGGCCCACGGGGCCUGGAGGGCACUGAGGUGCCAGCUAUCCCAGAGCCCCUUCCCACCAUAGCCAGCGCCAGCUUGCUCUAUCAGACUCCUGCAGACCAGGAUGCGCUUUCAGGGCCUCCAGCAGGUUUCCAGAUGGCUCCCUGUGGCUGCUUCUUCGACCCUCGCAUCUACCGAAUUGAGUGGGCCCCCUCUGACUUUGGCCAGUCAUCUCUGUACAAGGUGGCAGUGGCUGGGGGUCCCACCUUGUCUGGUGGCUAUGUGCUGGAGGCCCCAUCCUACCUCAAGGCCCCAGGGCCUCCGCCUCCUCUCUACCCCCACUACCAGCCGGCUCCUAGCGGGCCGCAGUACCUCACACACUACCUUCCACCUGAAGAGCCUGGUCCCGAGGCACUGGGCUUUGUGGGGGAUGGAGGGCCCCUCAAUUUCAUGGAGAUGCUUAGAGACGGCCUGGCACCCCUACCAACCCCCAAAGAGACUAAGCCGUCUUCCUUGCUCAUCACUGUCCCCACAGCACACGCGCUGCCCCCUGGACCCUAUGGCCAUCUCAGUGGCCAUGCCAGCCAGUUCCCAGGGCCCCAGGUGACUGUGAGGCCCAUCGAAGCCCCCAGGGAGCUGCAGGGCAAUGCUGUGGCCAGGCCGGGUCUGCAGUUCCCUCCUGGGCCUGUGGAGCCCAAGGUGGUCGGGGCGGAGGAUGUCACCCCAGUGGGCUCAGGUGAGACCAUGCCUCCCGAGGUGGCCCGUGCGUUCUUCCUUCCGGACAAAGUCCUUCUAGAAGAUGCCAUGAAACUUUUCGAUUGUCUCCCUGGUGGCACUGAGUCGGAGGCAGCCCUGCACAGGGGCUCUGGGCCUGGCCCACGAGACAGUGGUGGCGGUGGGGACGACUGCACAGCUGACAUCCGCUCCCUGCACCUGCCAGAUGAGCUACUGUCCUUCGACUAUGGCGUCCCCGAGGUCUUGGAUGCCGUGGCGAGUGUGGAUUAUGUUUUCAGCUUCAAGGCCCUAGAUGAUGAGCCGCUGCCCCAUGUGGGGGUCCCUGUCACUGACGUGGUGACCCCUGGCCUGCAGUCCGAUCAGUUGGGGAAGAAGACUACCGCAUCCACCAAGAAAGGGAAACCAGGUGGCAGACACAGGCAGACCGCGGGCCUGGCUGGCCCUGCUCGCCCCACUGCCACAGGACCCAGGCUGGACCCGGGAGCUGCCCCCAAUUAA